UUACAAUCCUAGUUUUUUCUUUUCGUGUGCAUAUUGUGAUAAAUUUGCGUACAAAGUAGCAUUAAAAAGCCAAGAAUCUUAUCAUCGACAUGAACGUCAUAGCAUACUUGAUGUGUUCGUCGGCAAUAGUCCACCUGGAGGCUGAGUUUUCUAGAGAAAAUGGCCGAAUUGAGAACAAAACUAAAAGCUAAAACUUGGAAGCUUUAAAAAUCCGGUAAACUCCAAUCACAAGCGAACAAUUUGAAUUGAGUGUAACGUCAGCAGAUAAUCCAGGCGUCCUUGGUGCGUGCAACUGCACAGCCUGCCGUUCCAAAACAAAUCUGGACACCAAUAUAUAUAACAAUUCCUUUGUUCGUCCACCCAACUGAAAAAUUCAGCUUACCAAAUCAAUAAGAAUUCUGUAAACAUGGCUACAAAUAGCAUUGAUCUGCACUUGCAGACUGAAGAGUCGCGAUUUUCAAUAACCAAGUCAUUUUUCCUUGCCUGGGCAUUAAUGGCGAUGUUUUUCAUGCCUGGUGAAGGGAAAAUCGAGAAGACUGUAGACCCCAAAAAUGGGGUCAUUUUAUCAUUGCAGGCAGCCAUGGAAGAAGUGCAAAAAGCUCAGGCGUGGGCUCUAGAGUUUUCCGGUAACGUGACUGGAACCCACGACCAGAUGGCAUUGCAAGACUGUCUGCAACUGUUUGAAGACACGUUAUAUCGUCUCAACGGCUCUCUGAAUUCAAUGAAAAGUUUCAAUUUGGAGAAGAGAUCAGCCAUGGCGGACGUUCACACAUGGGUCAGCGCUGCGCUGACUAAUCAAGAUUUGUGCCUCGACGGACUCUCUGGUACAAAUUACAACAGGGAAAACAAUGGUAGUUUUGAUCUCACAGAAUUUGGAUCGUCUAUUUCGCUGCAAGUUUUGAAUUUGUCGAGAUUAAUAAGCGAUUCUCUUGCCCUUUUCGCGAAUUUAAGAGCGAGUUCUCUUGCACGGCCAGGGAAGCGCAGAUUGUUAUCAAAUGGAAAGAAAAUUGGGUUUCCUGAGUGGGUAUCGGGGGAUCAAAGGCGGCGGUUUUUGCAGUCCACUGCAGAUGUUGUGGUGGCACAAGAUGGGUCGGGAGAUUAUAAGACGAUUACAGAAGCAUUGAGUGCUUAUAAUGUUCCACCUCAGGGGAACGAGACGUAUUAUGUUAUGUAUAUAAAGGCUGGGCAGUAUUAUGAGAGUAUUGUGAUUAACAGGGCUGUGAGGAAUCUGAUGAUGAUUGGAGACGGCAUGAACAGAACUUGUGUGAUGGGUAACAGAAGCAUCGGUGAUUCCGGUACUCUUUUUGGCUCUUCAACUUUCGCGGUGUGGGGCGACGGAUUUAUUGCGAAAGACAUGACCUUCACCAACACAGCAGGGCCGCAAAAAGGUCAGGCAGUCGCACUUUUAGUGGCGGCCGACAGAUCAGUGUUUUACAGAUGUUCCAUGGAAGGAUACCAGGACACCCUUUUCCUGUACAGCACCCGCCAAUUCUUGCGAGAAUGCUACAUCUACGGCACCAUUGAUUUCAUCUUCGGCAACUCCGCCGCCGUCAUUCAGAAGAGCACCAUUCUGGUUAGAAAGCCCCUCACCGGCCAGGAGAACGUCGUCACCGCCCAAGGAAGAAGAUAUUCCAAUCAAAACACUGGAACUAUUCUACAUGCUUGUACAAUAAUGGCGGCUUCUGAUUUAGUUCCCGUCCAACGGGAUUUUACUACUUAUAUGGGAAGACCAUGGCAACCCUUCUCUCGUACUGUUGUCAUGCAGUCUACUCUUGGCGAUUUGAUUGAUCCUGCUGGUUGGGUGGAGUGGAAUUCUACGGAUGUUUUUUUGAAUACCUUGUUUUAUGGUGAGUUUGAUAAUGAUGGCGCUGGUGCAGAUACAUCUAGGCGUGUGAAAUGGCCUGGUUAUCAUGUCAUAAAUCAAACGGCUGAAGCAGAGCAGUUUACUGUUGGGAAUUUUAUUGAUGGGGAUUCGUGGAUUCCGAGCUCUGGAAUUCCUUUUGACUUGAAUAUAUCCUGAUUUGUUGAUUGAAAUUUGAUGCGGGUUUUGUGAAUUUUGUUUUCAUUUUUUUAUCUCAAAUGGCCAUGACGUGAUUUCUUGGUAGAGUUAUGGCCGUGGGAUAAACAAAAUUCAUACGGUAUUUACAGGAAUUUUGUCAAUUUAAUUGGUUUUGUUGCCGGAAGAAUCAAGAAAAGUUGGUUACAGUUGGAUGGGCGUAAAAAAAGUUUGGAUUCAUUCUUCCAAUGGUCAUUAUUUACAAAUGUUUUAUAAUUGUAUUGAAUUAAAAAUUGGGGAUAGCUUUUCACUGGA